UGUUUGCAAACACCAAUAAAAUGAUUAAUAAUUCGUGAUUUUGUGUCAACAGAUUCAAUUAUGAUGGCAAAGGAUCCUCCAUCUCCAAGCCAUAAAGUUUGGAAACCCGAAUUAUAUAAGAUCCAACUCGAGGCACCAACACCGAAGGCAGUGUGCUGCGAGAACCAGAGCGGAACUCGUCCAGCUUUCUAUAACUCGGAAUAUCAUGGAACUAUGAAUCAUAAGGAUUGCGAAAGCAUUUUGUCGGACAAGCCAGACGGAUCGUACUUAAUUCGACGGAGUCCCGGUGCGGAGGAUUACUGGACUUUGAGCUUGCGGUUCGAUGCCAAAACCAAACAUUUUAAAAUUUACUAUGCCCCGGAUAAAGGGCACUAUCUCAGUGAAAAUUUCAAAAAGUUCGAUACCAUUCACGACUUGGUGGCGGAUGGGUUGGUAGAUUUUUAUAUGCGCAUUCACGCCGGUCCUAUCAUACAGCAGAUGAUGUGCCAGACGAAAAAUUGCUAUGAACAAAGUCCAUACAUGACUCUAAACCGUCGUAAACUCAGAGCACUUUCGAAUGAACUGAGGAAGUCUUCAAAGCUAUCGAUGUUGAAUGAUGAUGCAACCGUUGGGAACGUUUUGGGCACUGAAACGGAUAGUUUAACCGAAAAUAUCGUUAUUGACGAGCCAAAUGAUGACGUUUUGCCGGAAAUCUAUGAGAAAAAUCAUUUAUUCAAAACCCAUACCUUUAAGGGAUUAAACUGGUGCGAAUUCUGUGCUAAUUUCCUAUGGGGCUUUACAUCGCAAGGAGUGAAGUGUGAAGAUUGCGGUUUUGUAGCACAUAUAAAGUGCUCCGAACUGGUGCCCGCCAAAUGUGUUCCGGAUUUGAAGCGACUACGAGGAAUAUUUGGUGUAGACUUAACAACGCUUGUCACCGCACACAAAUGUAAAAUACCUUUUAUAGUAAAAAAGUGCGUUGAAGAAGUCGAACGUCACGGAAUGUUUCAAGAAGGAAUUUACCGAAUAUCUGGAUUUGCCGAUGAAAUCGAUGCCCUCAAAAUGGCUCUUGAUAAAGAUGGAGAAAAGGCAGACAUGUCGGUGCUGGCCUAUAGUAAUAUAAAUGUAAUUUCCGGCGUUUUAAAGCUCUACCUACGGUUGCUUCCGGUUCCUCUAAUCACAUUCCAUUCUUAUCCUGCUUUCAUGAACUCCAUGGUGAACAAGACAAUUGGCGAACAAGUGCGGUCUUUACGGGAGGCCAUAAAGCUUCUACCGUUGGCUCAUUUCAAUUGCCUGAAGUACAUUUUAGAGCAUCUAAAUAGGAUCGCUUCGCACAAUGCAAUUAACAAAAUGAACGAAUCAAAUCUCGCCACGGUAUUUGCCCCAACAUUAAUUGCCUCACCUCUACAUCUAACAGAUUUAUCUCAAGAAAUCAAUAUGCUCACAGCUCUCAUAACACACUGCCAUACAGUAUUCCUAUAGGUUUUCAUUUUAUGCAUAUUGUUAUUUUAUCGUAAUCUCAUAUAUUAAAAAAAACAUUCAUUUGCAAUUAAAUAUCCGUACUCUCUUACUUAUGAAUAUCAUUAUAAAAUUCAAAAUAAAAUAACGAAUUUAUCA